AUGAUGAACCUGUAGGUUAUCACCAUGUGAACAUCCGUUCACAGUGUUGUUGUUUACAUUGUCUUUUUGUUUAAUGUUAUAAUUGUUUUCAUAUUGUUUAUUUUUGAUUAAGGAUAUUAUUUGUGAUUAUGUAUCUGUUUGGAUUUAAAUGCAAGAACACUGAUAUUGAAUGUUUCCAUUGUCAGGGGAGUUAUUCGACCCCUACAGUUGGUAUGACCCACUAGUUUUGGCGGGAAAAUAGCAUAUAUAAAGGAGUGAGGCUAAUUGAGUGGGGAGAGACGGGCCAUGUGCCAGUACUAGUACAGUCCAAUGCUGUAGGAUGUGUCGUGAUUGUCAGAGGUUUGUUCCGCGAGGCUGGAUUUGAUGCCAUGUUUUUGCUGCUUUCAGCAUGUUUUAUUUAUGUUUUGUAAUGUUUAUUUUGAUUAUUUUUUUGAUGAUUUCUUUUGUUUAUUUUUGAACUUGAUUUGGAGCACGUGUGCUGAGACAGCUGUCCUCAAUAAAUUCACCUUCAACGAUUUCCUGCAUGGUACUCCAGUUAUUCCAUCCUUUCCCGGGCCUAUCGGCAGAUAAAUUGACGCAACGACUCAGGGUAAUGGUAUUCAACUAGACCUCUGACAACAAAUCAGUGUGGCAUUCUAACAUCAGGCGGCUGUAGUUGAAACCACAUCCCGACACAUGGUGGCAGCGGUGGUUCCAGGCCUUAAAAGGGAAACGAGUACACAUGCAGUGGAAAUCAUGCUGCCCCAGCUGCACAUCGUUUAAAGGAAAGUGGCAGAGGUUGAUCUCUGGUCAAAGGAAAAUGCCACCAAAGAGGCAAGAUGGAGCUAGGGGAAAAGAUGAGGGUAAACCAGCAGAGGAACUGGAGGCAACGAGUUCAUCUCCAAUGCACGAUGAAAGGACUUCAGGUAGUACGUCAGAGCCGAUGGCUAUAAUGCUGCAAAACUUUCUGCAUAGCCAACAGCAAAGAGAAGAAAGGCUGGAAAAAGAAGCGCAACGUCACGAGCACAAAUAUCGGAUACUUCAACAUCAAUUCGUACAACUACAGUCCGAAGUUCACCAGGAAAGACAGGAUCGGCUGGCAAGGGGGGUGCCAACAGUGAGUGACACAGAGGCUACAGAGUUGAGGUCGGAUGCAAAUACACGUCCCAGGCGACAACAGGCACUAAGUGAUACGACGACAUCAGCAGCAGAUGAGGUCACAACGGGAAGACGAGAUUAUGGUUUAACAAGUUUUAACUGCCCAAGGAUGCUGCCCUGGUCAAGUGAUGAGGAUAUUGAGCAUUAUUUAAUGACUUUCGAACGUAUUGCUCAAGCGUGCAAAUGGCCGAGUCAGGACUGGGUGUUACAUCUCCUGCCGUUACUAACAGGUAAAGCAAGAGCAGCGUAUGUGGCUAUGGAGCCUGAGAAUUCAAUGGACUAUGAUUGUGUUAAACAGACGAUACUUGACAAGUUUGAAAUUAAUCCAGAAACCUUUCGGCAACGUUUCAGAGCGUACAGUCUAGGUGAUGAUGAAACACCACGUGAACUGUAUGUGAGACUGAAAGAUCUGUACGAAAAGUGGAUGGUCCCUUCACGUCGAACUAAACAAGAAAUUGGUGAUCAAAUAGUACUGGAGCAGUUUCUCAAAUUGCUGAACCCAGAAGCAAGAACGUGGGUGAAGCAGAAUGGCCCUACAUCGUGUCAACAAGCGGCAGAACUGGCAGAGACAUUCAUGGCUGCGAGGCGAUCACUGCAUCAGCCGAGACGAUGGCGAGACAUCCACCACAGCCCAACCGGUAAGUCUGGGGAUGCUAAGGGUAGUGGUCUGAGAAAUUUUGAUGCUGAUAGACGGACAUGGCAAAAUAGUUCUACUCUGAGUAAACAGUAUGCGUGCAAGUGGAGUUAG